GCGCUGUGUGGCUGCACGGUCCCUGUGCCCACCCUGUCCCCCGUGUCCCCCUUGGCCGAUGACCCGUCCCCCCUGUCCCCCGUGUCCCCCCCAGCUGAUGACCCUUCCCCCCGUGUCCCCCCGGGUGGUGACCUGUCCCCCCGUGUCCGCAGGCGCUGUGUGGCUGCACGGUGGCCCGGCGCAUCCCGGGGGAGGGGCUGCCCUUCCCCCGCUGCCCCGAGCAGCGCGGGGACCUGGUGCUCGAGUUCGAGGUCAAGUUCCCCGACAGGAUCCCCCCCUCGGCCAAGCCCCUCCUGGAGCAGAUCCUGCCCCUCUAGUGCCCCCCCGCGCCCCCCAAACCCCGUCCUGGGGGGCGUGGGGGGGGGUUUGGACUCGGGGGGACCCCGCCGGGGGUUGGGGGGUCUCUGCGGGAGCUUCCUCAGACACCCCCAGGCUUGGGGGGCUUGGUGUCCUCUCCCCCCCAAACUCCACCCCUGGGGGGCUUUGCCCCCCCCUUCUGUGCUCGGGGGGGGUCUGGGGGUGUCCCCAUCCCCCCCUUCUGUGCUCGGGGGGGUCUGGGGGUGUCCCCAUCCCCCCCUUCUGUGCUCGGGGGGGUCUGGGGGUGCCCCCAUCCCCUCAUCUCAGAGCUUGGAGGGGUCCUGGGGGGUCCCCCCACCCCUCCUGGGGGGUCCCCAGACGGCCUCGUUCCCUCCAGCUCAGGGGUUUGGGGGCCCCAAGGUGUCCCCCCCCCAUUGUGGGGGUCCAGGUCUUGAGGCUUUGGGGGUCCUGAGGUGUCUUUGUCCCCCCCCUUGGGGGUCUGGGGGUCCCAGGGUGUCCUCCCCCCCUCCAUCCUGGGGGUCUCAGGGUCCCCCCCCUUUCUGUGCUUUGGGUGAUCUUGGGGGUCUUUGUGCCCCUGACCCCCCCUUGGGGGUCGGGUGGUGGUGGAGGGUCCUUGUCCCUCCCUCUUAUGGCUUUGGGGGUCUUGGGGGGCCCUUGUGCCCCCCCAGCUUGAAGUUCUGGAGGUCCCGGGGUGUCCAACCCGACCCCCCAUUUUGGGGGUCUUGGGGUCUUCAGGUGUCCUUGUCCCCCCCCCAUCUCUUCUUUGGGGGUCCCCGGGUGUCUUUGACCCCCCAUCUCAGCUCUGGGGGUCCCCUCACCCCCCCGUCUCUGCUCCGAGGGGGGGUCACUGUGUCCCAGCCCCCCCCUCCCGAUCUGAGGGUCCCCACGUCCCCCCCUUUUUGGGGUCCCCCCUCAGGUUUGAGGGUCCCGAGGUGCCUCAUCCCCACCUGGGGGGGGUCAAGGGGUUCCCCGUCCCCCCCCCAGCCCCUCCCAGGCCAGGGGGGACCCCCCGGGGGGGUGGGGGGGCCGCGGGAGGCUAGGGGGGGGGGUGGGGGCGGGGCGGGGCCCUCGCGUUUUUUGGGAUAAAAGCGCCCGGAAAAGGGUCCGUUGGGGCCGCGAUAAAACAGCGAAACCUG